UCCUGGUCACUGCACCUCCCCACCGCGUCCUGUCAGACAGGGAUGUCCCAUGCCAGGCUCACUGUGUGGGUAAGGUCCAUCAGCAAGACGUGUCAGACCGGGACCUGUCUCAGCUCCUCAGCUGCUGACCAUCCAAGUUGUCUUUCUUCAAACCAGCUGCACUGCUUGUGCUCCCUUGACUUGCUGUGAGGCUGCCUUUGAUGGGCAUGAGCACCCCAAAAUUCCCACUCCCACCUCAAAAGCAGAGCCAAAAGCCCGACGCAUCUUUCUUUGGUGAAACAAGGCCAGCUGGGCUUUUGAUCAUCAAAGUUUUCCGCUUUGGAAGGAGGAGGAGCCGUCUAGUCAUGGGUUCAUUGAUUCCCUGCCCAGCAGGAAUGUUUGCCUGGGCACAGCCAAGCCGCACCUCUGAUGACUGUAACAGGCAGCUCUCCUUCCUCUGAUAUACUAUCAGCUGGGUUUAUCAGAGUAUCAACACAACCUCUCCACUGCAGAAGUCAUCCCUCCUGGCCAGCUCUCCCUGCAGAGCGGGCAGGGGCUAUAUGGGAGCUGAGCUCACCUCUCAUUUCAAGGAAUCUUAACAGCAGGUUUUAAGCUACUUAUUUACUUUUUUGGUCUGCGCAGGAAGUCUGAGCUAAAAAAAAAAAAAAAAAAAGACAGAAGUAUAAUUACUCUGGCACGCCUGCAUUCCUGCUCCAGGCUCAGGCGGGGAGGGACUCUUUCUUGUGGAAGCCAGGAAGAGGACCUGAUCCCUGGAGAUCAUCGUCACAAACGUGUGUAACUGAAACCCGCAGCCAUGCUGAAACAGAUAUUAUCAGACAUGUACAUCGAUCCUGACCUACUGGCAGAACUCAGCGAGGAGCAGAAGCAGAUCCUCUUCUUCAAGAUGAGGCAGGAACAGAUCAGACGGUGGGAGGAAAGAGAAGCUGCUGCAGACAAGGCUUCAGCAAAGAAGCCACUGCCAAGAAAAGCCAACGGGAAGUCAGUGACAUGGAAGCUCGGCGCUGACAACGAUGUCUGGGUCUGGGUGAUGGGCGAGCAUCCUUCAGAUAAGUCGUACGCAGCCAUCUGUGAGGAGAUCCAGGCACAAAGGGCAAAGCGGUUAGCGAGAGAGCAAGGCAAGGAGGGCAGAGAGACUGACUCUUCUGUGACACGGUCUCUACAUGCACAACCAGGAUUCCUGGGCGAGACAGAUCUUCACAGAAAUAAAAAAAGCACUGUGGAGGAAAAGAAGGAAGGUGGGAGGAAAACUGCUGCUGCUACAACAGGGAAAAGCCAGAAUCUCACAAAGAGGGAAACCAGAGAUGUUCACCAGAUGCUGGCAGACUGUCAUGUGAGGAAGCAGGGCUUCCAACAGAUGAAGGAAGCACAGAGGAGAAAUUCAGAAGAGACCACAGUCCCCCAGGAGACAAUACCACAGAGCCACCCCAGCUUGGAGAGCCAGAGGACACUGCAGAAAUCGGAUGAGAACGAGCCUGAAUGGCAGGAAUCCUUGCGGAAAUCCAAGGCAGCAGAUGAGAAGAGACGCUCCCUUGCACGGCAAGCCAGAGACGACUACAGGAGGCUUUCACUGCAGGGCAUCCACAGAGGGAAGCAGGCAGAUAUUUCCAAGGGUGCCACAGCAGGAGAUCGGCGACCACUCCAAUAUCCACCUCUCCCCCCCAAGCCUAAACUUCUACCUCCUGUGAUGGAAAAUGGGAGACCAAUUAGGAAAGAGGGAAUCCAGAGGACAAUCUCCAAUUCCACUGAAGAAAGCAUCAUCAGGUGGUUCAAAGAGGAACAAUUCCCUCUCCGAGCUGGUUAUCAGAAAACCAUGGACACAAUAGCACCUUGGUUCCACGGUAUCCUAACCUCUAAGAAAGCAGAGGAGCUUCUGAAUAAAACAGUACCAGGGAGUUUUCUGGUCCGGGUCAGUGAGAAAAUCAAAGGCUACGUGCUCUCCUAUCGGUCUGUGGAAGGGUGUAAACACUUCCUCAUCGAUGCCUCCAGUGAUUCCUACAGCUUCCUUGGAGUGGACCAGCUACAACAUUCAACACUGGCCGACCUUGUAGACUACCACAAGGACGAACCCAUCACUUCCUUGGGGAAGGAGCUGUUGCUUUACCCAUGUGGCCAAGAGGACCAAGAACCAGAUUACAUCUCUCUCUUCGACUGAACCUCCUGGUCUUGCUGUGCAGUUCCAUGUCUGUAUUCACAAAGGCUGAACUUUGAACUAGAGCUGCUGAUGCUUACCUGAAACAGUUGCCAUAAGUGCCUCUACUUUAUAUCCCUCACAACAAAACAGUGGGAAUAUAAGUACUGUAGUGGGCUUGUCAUAUCAACUGAGUUAAAGGAUUUAUGAGCCUAGCAAUCUGCAAAGCACCUGGAUGUAUCCCACACAAUGAAGUGAAUGAGGUGAUGAAGAUACCAGUUGAAUAGGGAGAUACUGCCACAUAUUUUCAGGGGACUUUUGUAUUCGAGCUGCCUGUUGUUUUUGAAUGCAAGGCUGUGUGCCAUCUGGGAAAUAGAUUAGUAUUUACAGUUGAAUGAGAUCAUACCUUCCUGAAGGCAAAAAACAACUUGGAGAGGUGAAUCGGUCUUGAUAGAGUAAUUUGCAUAAUGUGAAGCUUAAUCCUGUAAAAUGUUGUGCCCUUGGUAUCAAGGAUGUUCAAGCCAAACAGCCGAGCAAACCCUUGGUGCCUUUCAGUGAAAGGUGUUCUCUGUGAAGAGGGAUUUUCAUGAGAAGUCCAUUUUUAAAACUCCUUUAGCCUCUGAAUACAGAUCCUUGCUCUUUUAACCUGUAUUUAAAUCCCACACAAGCCUUUCUGCAUAGAGAUUAACCUUUUGAAAGGAAAAUGAGAAGGGACACAGGAAUUUGUAUGAAAGAUUAUGACACGCACAGAGCCUAAAAAAACAUAAGAAGCAGUGCCUAUAUCAGUAUUAGUACAGUUUACAGAAGAGUGCUUGCCAGUAAAGAAUGUUAUUUUCCAAAA